AUAACGGAGACGCCACUUGAUGAUUGGAUGAAUGUUGGUGAYUGUGGUAAAGGACUUACCUGUAAUCCAGAAUGUCAACUCCUUUGCCUCAAGAUGCACAACUACUAUCGCUCCCUACACGACGCGCCUCCUCURUCCUGCGACAACGAGCUGGCUAAAUCCUCGCAGAGCUGGACAGACGAAGAAGCCCGCCAGGGAAAGAUGUUCCAUUCAGAAUGGACGGACAAAUUCACUGAGAGUAUUUCCUGGAAAGGAUGGGGAUGGAAGGGUAUGGAGAAGAUGGAAGGAGCCAUUCCAGGUGCUGCAAGAAGUUGGUACUCUGAGAUCAAAAAUGAUUAUAACUACGCCACAGGGAAAGGGAAUGGWCAGGCGGUAGGGCACUUCAUGGCGGUGGUGUGGAAGGGAGAGACAAAGCUGGGUUGUGGKCUUAAUAUCAAGGAAAAUGAUGGUACUUACGUGACGGCCCACUAUGCACCUGCUUCGCAUGCUAACGUUGAUUACUUUGAACUCGCUCCUAAGAAUGUACUCAAACGUAAAGAUCCAGACCCUUCAUGUGAUAUACGAUCAUCAGAGAGAAAGCUCUGUAGUGAAGAUUUAAAGGCGCCAUUCGUCACACCUGAGCAGUGCUUAAAGGCAGGCUGUUGCUAUGACGACAUGUUCAUGUCAGAACCCGGGGUCGACUUUUUCGGAAAAAAUCCUAAUCUGGCAAAAGGCGCAGGUACAGGCAAUACAACAGACACCGGUCAAACAGGAGAAGCGGGUAAAACAGGAGGUAAAACUGGAGAAGCAGGAAAAACUGGGGAAGCAGGAAAAACUGGAGAAGCAGGUAAAACUGGAGAAACAGGUAAAACUGGAGAAACAGGUAAAACUGGAGAAACAGGUAAAACUGGAGAAACAGGUAAAACAACUGGGUCAACUGAUACAGGCUCAGGUGUAAACACUAAAGAGGAAAAUACCAUAGGUACGAACACCUCCCAGCCAGGAGCAGUGGGAGGGACGGUGGAGGGCGGAAAARUUACCAAGGAAAAGAAUCUUGAAAAGGAAACGGCUGGACCUGGAGAAUCAGUGAAAACAAACGAAGAAAAUGCUGGAAAUACUGUUACCAAUCAACCGGGAGCGGUGGGAGGGACUGUUGAGCAGGGUAAGGUUUCUAAAGAGACUAAUCGAGAGAAUAAAACAACAGGAACAGGUGUCGAUUCUUCGAGUACGGGAGGAGAACCCGGUACGGAAUCAGUAGAAGAAGUAGCAAAUACAAUCGCAAAGAAACCCGGUCAACCCGAGAUGAUAAACAAGCUAAAAGAAGCAGGAGUCUUGAACAAUAAGGGUGAAGAAGUGGCAAAUAAACAGAACCAAAAUGCAGGGCAGCCAACGGAUGAAACAAAGCAGAAGGUCCUUGAAGAAUUGGAGGAAAGCCACAUGUUAAACAAAGAAGGUGAAGCGAUGCUUAAAGAAGAGAAUCAGAAAGUAUUGGUCAAGAACCUCGAAAAGAGUGGCCUACUAACUGAAGAGGGACAAAACAUCCUUAACAAGGAAGGUCCCGGUGGACUGAUAAAGCAAGUGGAACAAGGUACGGCCGUUGCGGGAGUGCCAUCGGUAAAUGUUGUAACAGAAGAAAUCAAUAAACGGCCGGAGAGUCAAGAACUCAUGCAAAAGCUCCAAAGUGGAGGGCUGUUGAGUAAUGAAGGUCAAAAAAUAGCUGCAAAAAUCCAACCAGUUGUUCCUCAAGUCAGCAACGUUCCUGCAGUGCCACCGCCAGUCGCACCACCAAUCGCACAAAUGCCAAACAAUGGAAUGUGCGUGGUAUUGGAUUUAGGUUUUAUCAUCGAUGGAUCAAUAGCAAUUGGCGGCGAAGUYAACUUCAAACAACUCCUUAACUUCGUAUGGAAUGUAAUUCAGUCAUUCAUCAUCGGCCCUACAAAGACAAGAGUAGGGAUCGUUYUGUCUGCCUUGGAAUCUUUCGUUAUAUUCAACUUCCAUACCUACUACGAGAAGCCAAACAUUCUCCAAGCUCUWAAUACCAUCCAAUAUCCAGGAACAGACGGUCCAGGSACGUACAUCGGGCGAGGCCUUCACGURGCGAAGAGAUUCCUUUUCUACCAAUCAGGAAGAGACAAUGUCCCUCGUGCCUUAAUUAUCCUUGCAGGAGGUCUCUCUCUUGAUGACGUCAUUACUCCUGCGAUUGAGCUCCGAUCAAUGGGUGUUGAUAUYUAUACUGUUGGURUCGGYAGUAAAUACAGCAAGCUGCAACUUCAUGCAAUGGCAAGUUUCCCACACUCAGAGCAUAUAUUUGGUGCCUCGAUUACACAACUUGCUCUUAUUGCACAGAAUGUUGUGACCAAAGUCUUGAAAGGCAUAUCAGUCAACUUCUGCCAUCCUUGCUUCGAAGGUCACGACAUGAUGUGUGAUUAUUGUCCAAUGGACGUCGAUUCCAUUCUCUUUCGAAGAGGGCACGACAAGAAGAGUUCAAAUCAUCAUGGGGAAGAAUAUCACCAUGACAACAGCACUACACCCAUUCAAGACGACGCCAACCCAGGAAGUAAAAGCACCAACGAURCCUCAAAAACUUCCCAAGAUUUAUCAUCUUUACCAUCAUAUUUGAAAGAGUCGUCAAGCGAGGAUACUUUUGACGUUCAAGUGGAUGACACCCCAAAACCYCCAGCGAGAAUGUCGGACUGGAACUAUUUGAAGGCUAAAGCAAAAAGAUUGGGACUUUUGAACGAAGCAAUUCGAAAAGAAGAAGAAAACUAUUCAGAAUAUAAGUAUGAAACAAAAAGUGCAGGAUUGAUUACUGAUGGUAAGUAUCGACGAAUACUUCACUUAGUCGAGUUCUCUGUUGCUCAGGGUUAG